CUCUUGUCUUGUCGCCUCGCUUUACGUUUCCUAGAUAUUUACAGCCCACUGUACGCCCGCUUGAAUACGCUGCCGUCGCGUUGGCGCGAAGCACUCGUUGGCUACUAAGGAGCAUCUCUUUAGACACCUCAACCACGCCGUUUUAGGGCUUGGGGAACCACCGCCUUGCUGAAUAAGCUUUUAAGGUCCAUAGCGCCGCUGGGACGCAGCCUGCAACAGCGCUUCCGCUGCCGCCUCAGCUCAUCGCGCACCUUGGCCGCCAGAGCAGCGACCGGCACCUGCGACGCCUGCCCUCAAGCGCAAGGAUAACGUAGUCUGCUUUAUCUGCUUGGAGGCCGCCGUCGCUUUCCGCCUAGGCUGUGCAGUGCCUGCGGAGCCGCGGAGAGCACAAAGCGAGAAGGCCAUUGGAGAGGUCACGUUUACGCAGCCCUUCCCAGGCCCAAACUUCCAACAUUCCAAAAGCUAUGGAUCCCAUGGAAGAAGACAAGAACGCUGCGGAGCCGCAGGUGCAAGGCGCCGCGGACGCGCAGCCUGGCAAGGCCGCCGCGGCAGCAGAAAAGACCGCCAACAAGGAUACCGAUGGCACCCUCCAAACAGACCCCACACCCGCAAAUGAUCCUUCAGAUCCUGUGGAAUCCCAAGCUGCUGCCAGCUCCCCGCAAGACGGUACAGCUGCUACCGCCGAAGACGGCACCUCCCAGCCCGGCCCAGCUCCCAAGGCAGCAGCUGCCGCCUCGAACCCCCGUCCCAGCCCCAGCCCCAGCCCCGGUCCCGAAACCAGUCCUGACCCGCCCGCCGCGGCUCCUCAGUCCGCGCCCACAGCGGCAGCGGCGAACGGCGGGCAGCCCCGGCGGGGCAGCAGCGCGGCACCAGGGGAUGAGCUGCCGCUCUCGCUGCAGCGAAAACAGCGACACCGGCGGCCCCCCGCGGGCUGGGACAUGGAUGCGGAGGGGGUGGCGCCCUCCAAGAGACCCAAGACCGAGCCUCUGGACGCCUCCCCCACCAUCGGAGGCUCCUCCGCCGCCGCCGUCGCCUCCCCCACCACCGCCGUCAACGGCGGCGCCGCCAGCGCUGCCGCCAGCCCCGGCAACCUUACGGUCGGCCUUUCGCCGCUAUCCAGCGGAGGCAUUCCGUACGGCACCCUGUUUUUCCGCGCACAGGGUCGCAGCGGUGGCCUAAUGCUGGCGUUUGACGGCUCCUUUUCCCGGCCGCUGUUGUUCCGAGAGAACGGUGUGGGUCAGGAGCCCAGUAGGCUGUCGGAGGCGGAGGCGGCGGAGGAGGGACCGCUGGAGGAGUUCAAGUGCCUGGGGUUUGCUCGUCCCGACUGCGGUACGGUGGCGGUUUCCUCCGCAAUGCAGCUCGCGACGUUAGCGGAGGUGACGGCGCACUUCCGAAGCGUGUUGGAUCCAGGAUCUCCGGUGUACGGCAAGCCGGCUGCUGCCGUAGUGUACGUCGUGAUCACGUGUGACAAAUCCAAGGGCUGGAUGUCGUACGAGAUCGACGCCAACGGAGCUGUGUGCCCCAGGGUGGUGUACGAGUCCCCGCAGGGGCCCCUCACCUCCACCACGCCGGCGCAGUUCGAGGCGCAGGUGGCGCAGAGCAGCGCCAAGAAGUGGCGGCACAGCUUCAAAGCGGCGGGCGGCUUCCUCAAGAUGGGUCCCCGCCAGGGCGGCGUCAUGCCCCCCGCCACCGUACUCGACGUGCUCAAUUGCGUGAAGGACCUGCUGGGGGUCAGCCCCACCAUCGCCCUGCCGGCGGAUAAGCCCCUCACGCAGCAGCAGCGGCGGGCGCAGGCAGCGGCGGCGGCGGCGGCCGCCGCCGCUGCCGCAGCAGCGGGUGCUAGUGGAAGUGGAGGUGGCGGAGGCGGCAGCGCAACCCGUGGCAGCACGCUCGCCGGGGGCUCCGCACCCGCAGGCAAGCAGCAGCAGCAGGAGCAGCGGCGGGAGAGGGAACGGGAGCGUGAGCGGGAACGAGAGAGGGAAAGGGAGCGGAGGGCGGAGAGGGAGAGAGAGCGGAAGGAGGCAGCAGCUGCGGCUGCUGCGGCGGCGGCCGCGGCGGCGCAAACAAAGGCGAAUGCAGCUGACGGUGUGGCAGCGACGGCGGCGGCGCCGGGCGCGACGGCGAAUGGUGGCGGUAAAGCAGCGGCUGGGAAUACAGCGGCGCCGGCGGCGGCUAACCAGGAGAAUAACCGUCAGGCGGCAAUGACGUUGAUCACUGCGCUGGGGUUGGGGUCGCUAGCUAAGGCUGCUGACGGUACGGCAGCCGCAGCGGGGCCAGCGGACGUCAAGGGCCACACCGGCGGCGGAAACGGUACGGCAGCCGGCGGCCGGGCGCCGUUUACGAUACGGUUACCCACUCGGGCCGCGCAGGCGGCGGCGGCGGCCGCCGCUACUCGCGCAGGCGCCCGCGGAACUGCGGCGACGGCGUCAGGGUCUUCCAACCCAGGCAUGCAAGCUGCCGCUUCCGCCCCCGCUUCCGCCGCCGCCGCCGCCGGUAACAAUGUAACCGACGCGCAGCUCCAAAGCGCCGCCACGCUUGCGUCAACACUCGUACAACACCUGGCGUUACCGCUGGCACCCGACGUCAGCGCGUUGGGCCUUACGGGUCCUGGCCUUUCGGCAGCGGAGGCGCAAGCCAUCCAGCUGGUAUGUACGAGCGUCAAGGGCCCGGAACUCGCCAUCGCGGUGAAGGGCAUCAUGGACUCGCUAGCAGGCCGGCCGACGACGACGGUGGCGACGCCGGCGGCGGCGGCGCUAGCGCUCAUGUCGCUUCCGCCGGGGGCGUUAACGACGCCGGCCCCGGCGGCGGCGGGGCCCAGUACGACGGCGCCGCAUCAUCAAGCGGCGAUUAUGGCGUCGUUAGCGCCGCUCCUGGGGCCAGCAGCCGCCGCUGCGACGGCGACGGAUCCCACCGCUGCGGCGGCGGCGAUGGCAGCCCUGGCGGCAGGCAUGGGCCUUAUGCCUCCGCCUCCACCGCAGCCGGCAUCGGAUACGGCGGCGCCGGUGGCAGCGGCUGCCGACAACGCCGCCGCCGGGAUGGCUAGGCAGGCAUCUGCGCCCGCUGCUGGUGUGACGGCAGUGAAGACGGCACCCGCAGCGCCUAACGCAACUGCAACGCCCAUGGAGGUGUCAACCGCCGGCGAUGGCACAGCGGCGGCUGCGGUGUCGCCCGCUGCAGCGCCGGGAGCCUCCGAAGCUGAGCGGCCGGCGGCAAGCGAGGGGACAGCAGCGGCAGCGGGUGCAACGACAGUAGCAGCGGCGACGGCGGAAGGGUCAACGGCAGCCGGGGACGGUGUACCGCCUAGCAAGGAUGUUGCUAUGACGCAGGCGUAGUGUACGGCAGCGAUGUCGUACCUUGCCAAGCCGUACUACGGCAUGGUGUACUGCGAAACGGGGUUGUAAGGGUGGCCGUAAGGGUUAUCCGCUAUGGCCGACAGCUGUAGUGCUGCUGCUGCUGUUGUAGCUGCUUCCCUGCGUUUUCUUGUAGGCUGGGCUGUAGGUCGGGUGUCGGGCUGUGAAAAGCUCGGAUGGACUAUACGAAGGAUGUGCGUAUGCUUGAGCCCUGUUGUUUGGGGAGCCUUGGCGCAGGUUUAUUUGCAGGCUUGCAGGCGUGUGAUCGGUGCUUGGUGGGGUACUAACUUGGAUUGAGGGACGCAUGAAAGGACGUAGUCGCGAAGGAGGCAAGGUGCCCACGGGCUGGGGCUCGGUGUUUUUGCCACCUGGAGCGUCGAGGUCCUGUCAAGAGGGGGGUUACAAGGAGGAGUCAGACGAGCUGGAUGACAAGGCUUCACCAUGGGGUGUAGAGGGGUAGGGGGCCAGAUGUUGUGCAUGUGCAUCAGCGGUCUUGGCAAGUCGCGCAGUGGAAUAGGUCAAGGUCAGCAGGGGAGUGGCCUAGCCUAGAUGUUCUUAUGUCGCCAGCUGGCAGGAGAGGGUGCGGUAGCGGUUGCAUGCUGAGGGUUUUGUAGUUUCAUAGAUUGAGAGGAGUCCUGUUUGCUUACACUCAAUAGGGUCUUGAAGCACACGCAACAAAAAUCUGCCGGUUAUCCAGUGUAACUGGAGUGUUACAGAUAAUGCAUCCGGGUGAGAUGGGCUUAUUUUAUAAACCCCCCUCCGAUCGCGCAAGGGCAACGCGCAGGCGCGUUAGAUGCCUGGCUGCCACAGUUGUGCUUUGACUAUGGGUCGUGCCUCAUCCGGCCGCAUCCAGCAUCGGGAAUCGGCAGAGAAACGGACAAAAUCGAAAUACGAACGACGUUUUGUAAAGGACGUCGCUACG